GUCACCUUGUGCUGGGAGCUUUUGCUGUGAGCUUGGAGCACUGACCGGAGCGCGUGGCCCAGGCUUUCAGGGAGGGCACUGCCAUAUAGCGGCAUCAUGGCCUCAGCAAACCCUGUGAAGAGACUGGAGGAGGAAGCCGUGUGCCCCAUCUGCCUGGAGUUCUUCACUGAGCCAGUGAGCAUUGACUGUGGGCAUAACUUCUGCCGUGCCUGCCUCAGCCGGCACUGUGAGACGUGUAAGGUGGAAAGCCCUGGUCACCCUGUCCAGUGCCCCGUCUGCAAAGAGAAAUUCAAGAAGGACAACUUCCGGCCCAACUGGCCGCUGGCCAACAUGGUAGAGACCAUCCUGCAGCUGAGGGCUGUGGGGGGAGAGGACCGAGCGGGGCCGUUCUGCCAGCAUCACCAAGAGCAGCUCAAGUUGUUCUGCGAGGAGGACGGGAAGGCCAUCUGUGUGGUGUGCCGGGAGUCCCAAGAGCACCGGGAACACAGGGUGGCACCCGUGGAGGAGGCUGCCCAAACAUACAGGACCAAAGUUCAGCAAGCCCUGACUCAGCUCCGGAAGGAGAUGGAAGCUGCCAAGCGGCUGGAGGCCAAGGAGAACAGGAAGAUCAGGGAAUGGCAGGAAAAAGUGCAGGUUCAGCGUGAGAUCAUCAGGUCAGAGUUUGAGAAGAUCCGCCAGUUCCUGACUGAGGAGGAGAAGCUGCUGCUAGAGAAGCUGGCGACAGAAGAGAAGGACUUCGUGCAGAGAGUACGGGCCAACCUAGAUGACCUCUCAAACCAGAGCUCUGCCCUGGGCAAACUCAUUGCAGAGCUGGAGGAGAAGUGCCGGAAAUCGUCUGUGGAGCUGCUGGAGGGUGUGAGGUGUUCACUGAGCAGUGCUGAAACUAUCAAACUGCGGGAGCCAGAAGCCACCCCCACUGAAGUGAAGAAUAGAUACAAAUUCCCUGAGCGUUGCCUGGAUAUGAAGAAAAUGCUACAGAGAUUCAAGACGGACGUGACGCUGGACCCCGAGACAGCCCACGUGUGCCUGGAGCUGUCCAAGGACCGUCGUGGCGUGCGGCUGGGGGAGCCGCAGCGGACCAUCUCGUCCCACGCCAAGCGUUUCGACACGUACCGCUGUGUGCUGGGCGCGGAGGGGCUGCGUACGGGACGGCACUACUGGGAGGUGGAGGUGGAGGCGGGCGACAAGGCCUACUGGACGCUGGGCGUAGCGCGGGGCUCGCUGCGCAGGAAGGGCUGGUUCAGCAUGGAGCAGGAAGAAGGCAUCUGGGCUGUGCGUCUCAUCAGGGGCCAAUACCAUGCCCACACCUGCCCCGAGACCAGACUGUCCCCGAGCCGCAGCCCCCAGCUCCUGGGCAUCUUCCUGGACUGUGACAGCGGGAGCAUCACCUUCUAUGAGGCCGAGGGCUUGGAGCCCAUCUUCUCCUUUGCCACCGGCGCCCCCUUCCCCGAGCCGCUUUACCCCUUCUUCUGGCUCAUGUGCCCCGGCACCAGCCUCAGGGUUCGCCCCAUGGUGUGAGGGGUGGGAAGCAGGCCUGAUG